AUGGACCAUCUUUUCUUUCAUCAUAAAGGGGGGAACAAAAUCCAAAAAGAAGAAAUUUUCGUGGAAGGAAUAAUAACCACCAUGUUGAAAACUCUGGACUCUCCUAUCCGGCAUCACAAUCAUCGUCGACACCUUCAACGCCCUUGUCACCAUCGAGAUGUGGAUGUGACGGGGUCUCACAUGUGGACAGAGACUGGUCAGUAUCCUUCUCAACCGUCAGGAAAGUGUUCCACUCUUUUCUCUCCUUUUUUUUCUUGUCUCUUUCUUGGGCUUCGGAUGGUGAGAUGGUUUUGGACAUGGCCUGAAUGGAAUGGGAGGGAAUGGACAGAAUACCUUGUAACAGUAGCCGGGAAAAAAAAUUCAAACCACUUCAGGUCACAAUUCAACGGAAUCGUAUAG